AUGCUGUUUGUCACAGUACAGACCAAAGCUCAGCACAGUUUCAUCGGGGUCGCAGGACGGGGAGCCGAGGACUACUUCACACAAUUCAACAGCCUUCCCCACGCGACAAUCCUCCUUCGCUUUCCGGUGGGACCGCAUCACAAACUCCUUCCAACCAACUUUCCCUUCGAAAUGGAGAGUCAUGCCACAGUGUACAGAUGGCUUGCUAUAUUGGAAGAAGCUUAUCUUAGAGCUCUUGGACAAAUGAAUAGGUGGGUCUUGUCUCGUUUCUGA